UCUCCAUUUUUCAAUAAGUUUUCUCUAAUAUGAUCCUCUGUUUUGUUAAUGUUUAACGUUCUGUCUAGAAAAAUGAUGGAAGGACUCAGAGAACCACUAAUCAACAGAAAUUUUGAAAAUGAUGGGUAUGACAGAGCAGAGCUAAAUCCUAUUUCUGUAGAAAGAGAAAGCCUUGUUACAGAGGCAAAAUUCAAACUAAAUGCUUGUCUUAUUGGUGCAGUUCUCGGCUUUAUCAUAUGCGUUCUUUACUAUGAUAUGCAAUUAUGAAGCAAGCAGAUGAUCAUCUGGUUUCUUCUUUUUGCCAUAUUUUCUGUGUUUCACUGUGUAUUCUUGGCAAGCUAUAUCUAUUCUACAAAUAUUACCAGUUUGGUAUACACUGUCUCAAAUUAUCCUUUAGACUUAGUCACAAUUGGGUUAUUCAUUUACGGGAUGAUAAUAUACUCGAAUUUGACAGAGGCAUGUUCUCUUGAGUAUCCAUUUCCUUAUUAUAUGAUGCUGAUUGUUCUGAUUAUCCAGCUUUCAACUUUCCUGAAAUACAUAGCUUGAGUAAUAUUGUUGAUCUUGUGAACUCCUCUAAUUGCCUACAUUUUGAUUAGAGAGUACAUGAAUAGACCUCAACCCGAGCAGUCAUGGGAGGAAUUUGAAAACGAUGUUUUUGAAGAGUUAGAGCAUAAAACACUCGUCUCAGAAAUUCAGCAAAAUUAUGAGUCUUGAUGUAUCUGCCUCAUUGAGUUUGAAAAGGAAGAUAAAAUUGUGAUUCUCCCUUGAAAUGAUAGUCACCAUUUCCACAAGAAUUGCAUCCGCGAGUGGCUUCGAAGACAAAGAAAUUGUCCUCUUUGUAAGCAAACAGUUGAAAUAUAAUACUCCUCAAUUCAAUAAUAUUGAAA